CGGCCGGCUAGCGCUGCCGAAUAGCUCUCAUAGGCAGCGUUUACGCCGUCGACGCGAUCCCAUCGACCGGCGGCCAUGCGAGCCCUGCGCGCCUGGCUGCCCCUCGCCCUCGCCGCACGCGUACGAGCCCGGAGCUACGCCAUGGCGCUGGCAGGCUGCAGCAACCAAACCUAUCACAUGAGCGACUUAGCGACGAUCGCGGGCAGCCAGCGCGGCGUCUGGGAGGAGCUGGGGAGCGUCGUGCCCUGGUGGAGCGUGCUGAGUAGUCCCGAGUUCGACGGCACCAACACCCUUAAUGAAGAUAAAAUGCGGACCUUCUACGACACGGGCGAGGAGGCCGUCGCCAAGGCCUUGGCCCGGACGGCGGAAAUAGCUCGUACCCACGGCGCGCGCGCGGUCUGGUCCGGCGGCGGCAUUGGGAGUACAGCUAUUGAUUUUGGCUGCGGUGUCGGGAGGUUGGCGCGGGCCCUCGCAGGGCGCUUCGCGAGCGUCUAUUGUGUGGACCACUCCACGGCCCAUCUGGGGCUCGCCGCUCGAUCUAUACAAGGCCGGGAGGCCUCGCGGCUCCAUUACGUGGCGACAUCGCAAGCCGGUGCCGAAAUAAUAAAUGAGGCCGCGGACUUCGUCUUGUCGCUGCUCUCGUUGCAGCACAUGGUGCCCCAGCUGCAGGUCGCGGCUCUCGAGCAUUUGUGCGACGCGCUGCGCGUGGGCGGGCUGGGGCGCGUCCAGCUGCUUACCGGGUAUAGCGACUCCCCUUACGUGGAGCGGGACUGUGAUUGGAGGUUAGCCGUGGAGGAGCGGGGCAUGCAGCUCCACUUCCUGCCGCUGGACGAGGCGACGCGCCACCUGACGGAGCGGGGCUGCGCCGUGUUGGCGGAGGAGCCGUGCGACGACCACGUGUCCAUCCCCGACCGCGCGUCGACGGCGCACUGCGUGACCUUCGCGAAGGGUAGUGUGGUAAGUUAGAAG